AUGGUGAGCACAAUUGGGAGGCCGGUUAUGGUGGAUAAAGUGACGCAAAGUAGAUCGAUGGUGAAAUAUGCGAGGAUAUUGGUGGAUAUGGAGAUUACGGAUCAUCCUCCGAAAUCUAUUUCUUUUAUUAAUGAAAGGGAUCAAAUAACUGAACAAGUGGUGGAGUAUGAAUGGCUUCCCUCUAAGUGUGCUGCCUGCUCGAAUUUAGGUCAUAUUUUGGCAAAUUGUAACAAGAAUACUGGUUUGAGUUGGAGGAAGAAAUCUACUGAUGAGAAAGGUACUAGUACAGACAAUAACAUAUCCAAAACAGAGGAGGUUCAACAACACUCUGAGUCUGUUAAUCUUGAUCCCAGAGCUUGCAAUGCUUCUAAUAUUGGAGAGGAAGAGAGGGCUAGUAGUUCUCUAGAGCAAAAUGUUUCCAAGGUUAUUAGUGAUGUUCAGGAUAAUUCAGAAGUUACUCAGCAUACUGGAAAAGGGAAUGCUGAGGUUGCAGGAAGCUGGAUUACUCCCAGAAGGAGAGGUGCUAGACAAGGGGUGGUAAUUGCUCACAAGUCAGAUUUCGUUCAAGGAAAGGCUAAAUCGGGCAAUGGAUAUGUUGUGCUGCAAGAUACAGGGAUUGGUCAUUUGGUCACUAAUUCUAUCCCAAUUCAUCCUAUUGUUUCUGGUAGGAUCUUAGUUGUUUGGCAAACUAAAUUUGUGAAGGUUGAUAUAUUACUUGAAGAUCCCCAACUUGUUCAUUGUAGGAUCAAAGUGAGUGGCCAGCAGGAUUUUUUCUUUGCUACAGUGGUUUAUGGAAGCAAUUCUAUGGGGGAGAGGAAGCAUCUUUGGGAUAAAUUAGCUAGUAUUGGUCUAUUAAAGUCUCCUUGGAUAAUUUUUGGAGAUUUUAAUGCCAUGUUUAGCUACCAAGAUAGGAUUGGUGGGAGACAAGUCCUUGCUAAGGACAUAGCUGAUGCUCAAAAUUGGUUGGCUUUAGGCCAAGUUGAGGAACUUAAGUGUGAGGGAGCUCCCUAUUCGUGGACGAACAAACAGGAGGCAGGAGAUCGUAUUUUUUCUAAGUUAGAUAGAGUGUUUAUUAAUGAUCUGUGGCUGGAUGUUUUUCCGAAAACUGAAGCUCGCUUCAAAUGGGACUGCAUUUCUGAUCAUAGUUUCUGUGUGAUUCGUAAUCAAGAAUAUAGAGGCUACAGAGAAGUUGUUCUUCGCUGUUGGAAUGCGCCAGUUGUUUCUGGUGGAGGUCUUUGCAAGAUAGUUCAGAAAUUAUAUCGAGUGAAGCAUAUUUUGAAAAGGUUUAACAGAGAGGAGGUUGGUGAUAUUGUUUUGAGUUAUAAGAAGGCCAAGGAGGAGUAUAGUAGAGUUCAGGAGGCUCUGGCUUCUAAUCCUUCAGAUAUGUCUCUGCUUCAAUCGGUUACUCAAGCCCAGCUCAAUGUUUCAGUUUUGCAGAGCUGUUAUGCCAAUUUUCUCAAACAGCAGAGAGGCAAAACAGAAGAGGAUUAUUCUAAAGUUGUUGAGCAUUUCCUGUCUCAUUUCAAGAAUUUUAUGGGGAAAGGAAAUUUGGCUUCAGUGGAGAUUGAUAAAAGCUGUUUCAUGCAGGGAAAUAGAUUGUCUCUGGAUCUCCAAGUCAGACUUUUGAGACCUUUUACCAAGAAUGAUGUGAAGAAGGCUCUAUUUAGCAUUCACUCCUAUAAAAGUCCUGGUUUGGAUGGUUUUGGCUCGGGAUUCUUUAAGGGGUUAUGGUCAGAUAUUGGUGCUGAGAUUACUUCUGCUGUGUUGGAUUUCUUUCAUGAUGGUUACUUGCCGAAGGAUCUGAAUGAAACUAUGAUUUCUCUUAUUCCUAAGCUUGCUAAUCCGAGUUCAGCUAGUGACUAUCGUCCUAUUGCGUGUUGUAACACUCUCUAUAAGUGUAUAUCGAAGAUGAUUUGCUCUAGACUUUCGGAAGUGCUUCCCUUUCUUGUUCAUAGUAAUCAAGGGGCUUUUAUUAAAAAUAGAGUUCUAGCUCAUAAUAUUAUGAUAUUCCAAGAUCUCCUCAAAGGGUAUACUAGAAAGAAUAUUUCAGCUAGAUGUUUAAUGAAGAUUGAUCUGAGUAAGGCUUACGACACAGUUGAUUGGCAUUUUGUGGAGGAGUUGCUUAAACAUCUUUGUUUUCCCUCUAGAUUUAUUGGCUGGAUUCUAGUUUGCUUAAAAGGUACCAAGUACAAUCUGUUAAUGAAUGGGAGAAUUCAGGGCUCUUUCAAAGGGGAAAAAGGCCUAAGGCAAGGGGACCCCAUGUCUCCUCUCUUGUUUGUGCUCAUUAUGGAGUACCUCACUCGUUUAUUAGCUCAUUACUCUGACAAGAAAGGCUUUGGUUAUCAUCCUUUGUGUAAACAUCUUAGGUUAACUAACCUCUGUUUUGCAGAUGAUUUGAUUAUCUUUUGUAAAGGUAAUGUCAGUUCAGUGAGUAAGAUUCAUGAAGCCUUCUCUGCGUUUUGUGAUUCUACUGGGCUUUUUGGCGAAUAA